AUGUGCAAUGGUGAGUUCACAGAUGAAAGUGCCGACGAGUCGUGGACCUUCUUGCAUGAAGUUGCCGAGAAAACUCAGCAAUGGGAGUCUGAUAGAGCACCUAGGAAGUCAACCAUCAGGGGUAAUGUUCGUAAAAUAGAGUAUGACUUUGAGGGUAAUGCUAAAAUAACAUCAUUGGUUAGGAGAGUUGAGGCUUUAGAACUAGAGAAAAAUAUGAAAUCUGCUGCAACUACUUCUUGCAACCAAGUUGAGGUUUCUAUUUGUGCUGCAUGUAAUAGUUCUGAUCAUCUUGUUGAUAACUUCCCACAAUUGCAUAAAUUUCAAGAGUCCAGACCUGAACAAGCUAAUGUUUUGCAUCAAAAGCAUGAGAAUAACCCCUAUAUUCAGACAUAUAACCCAGGGUGGAGAAACCACCCUAACUUUUCAUGGUCCAAGGGCCCUGUACAAGGGAAGAUGACUGACCAAAGGUUUGCUAGUCUAGAACUUAAGUUGGGCCAAAUCUGUGAUGCUCUAAAUGAGAGGGAAAAGGGUAAACUCCCUAGUCAACCUCAGCAAAAUCCGAAAGGCACAUUUCAGAAAAUAUCCAUUGUAGAAAAUGACUCUGAGCAUGUUUAUAAAUAUAAAAAUUCUACUGAUGUUAAUGUUUCUUUGCCAUCUAAUGUCCUUGUUGCUCCAUUUCCUCAAAGGUUGGUGCAGCAGAAGAAAGGUACCCAUUACAAUGAGAUGUUAGAGAUGUUCAAACGAGUUAACAUCAACAUUCCAUUUCUUGAAGCAAUAAAGCAGAUCCCUGCUUAUGCUAAGUUCUUGAAAGAUCUGUGCACACAAAAGCGAAAGCUUAAUGUGCAUAAGCGUGCCUUUCUUGCUGAACAAGUGAGUUCUAUCAUUCAAAAUAAGACUCCACCUAAGUUUAGAGACCCAGGUUGUCUCACAAUCACUUGCAUGAUAGGUGACCAUACGGUCAAUAAGGCUUUACUGGACUUAGGGGCAAGUGUUAACCUACUUCCAUAUUCGGUGUAUGUGCAAUUGGGUCUUGGAGAGUUAAAACCAAUACCUAUAACUCUGCGAUUGGCGGAAAGAUCCAUCAAAGUGCCACGUGGUGUGGUAUAA